AUGAGUCUCACCACCGAACAAUCGGGGUCGCAACCGCCCGUCUCUUCCAUCCCCGGAGGUUAUCAUAGCGACAAUGAUAGCAGCUCGUCCAGUCACCACCAAGACUCUUCAUAUGACCCAUUUGCGCUCCCUAAAGCCGUCAGGGCGAGGAAGUCGGAAUAUACGCGCGAGCAGACAUUACGUGUCAAGGUCGGGACCUGGAAUGUAGCUGCUAUCCAGGGUACAGAAGCAGACCUGGGGAAAUGGUUCGUGCAGCGGAAAGGGAUAUGCGAACAUCUUUCAGGGUUACGAAUGCAGAACUCGCAAGACUUGCCUGGCGGGACGGACUAUGAUUCCGAGGAUUCUUCAAAGGAUCGUGAGCGCCGCCAAUCCAAGGGAAAGGAAAUCCUUCACAUGCCUGCCUAUUCCCCGGAAAAGGUGGGGCUCUAUGUCCUCGGAUUACAGGAGAUUGUCGAUGUUUCGUCACCAGCGGAGACGUUGAGGCCGUAUGUGGACCCGUCAGCGGCAAAUAAAUGGAAAGCGGCGCUUGAGAAAGCUCUACCGGAGGGAUACAAGCUCGUCGCAGAGACUCAGCUGGUCGGGCUCUUGCUUUUGGUAUAUGCAGCGCCUUACUUGGUAGGAAGUAUAUCAUCGGUCAGCUCCAGCAGUGUGGGUACGGGUCUUUUGGGCUACAUGGGCAACAAGGGCGCCGUUACGACGCGGAUAAUGAUUGGCGAGACGACUUGUCUUGCUUUUGUCAACUGCCAUAUGUCUGCUGGUUCGGACAAGAAUAGUCUAGAACGCCGCAACUGGGAUGCGGCUCAGAUCACUGGACGAACUAGAUUUGACCCUAUCGAUCCCGAGAAGGGUCUGAGGGUGGACCCAACAGACAGCCUCGGGAGGGAGGAUUUUGGCUUUUGGUUUGGAGACCUGAACUACAGGCUCGAAGAUAUCCCAGGUGAUGAUGUGCGACAAGUGCUUGCGCGGCACACGGAAAAUGAAUAUGAUAUGAAGCAUAGUAUGCCGCAUGAAGAACCACUCCCAGCAUUGACUGAUGAGGAUGUCAAUCCACAUACUGAUCCAGCUUCACUUCAAACCACAAUAUCCUCCCUGUUGCCUCACGACCAACUUCGCAUACAAAAAGCCAAAAAGAAGGCUUUCCACGACGGUUGGCGAGAAGGCGAAAUUUCAUUCCUGCCAACGUAUAAGUACGAUGUAGGCAGUGUGGCCAAGUUUGAUUCGAGCGAGAAACAGCGAGGGCCAAGCUGGUGCGAUCGAAUCUUGUACCGCACACGCCAGGAUAUUGUGAGAUACGAAAAGGCAACCAGGGACGCUGAGGAGGCGAGGAAACGGGAUGAAGAAAUGAAAGCUCGGGGCUUGGACAAAGCUGCUGCAGAUGACAACGUGUUGUUUGACUACGAUCCAGACGUUGAUGGCGCUGACAGUGGAGACGAAUAUGAUCCUGACAAAGAUCACUUGAGCGACAGUGCUUCGGUGUCGUCACAUACCACUAAAGACGAUACUAUUCGGCUGGAAUAUUAUAUGUCACAUCAAGGCAUUCUCUCAUCAGAUCACAAACCAUUAGUUGCUGGCUUUACGAUCAAGUAUGAAAGUGUCGACCCUCAUAUGAAAGCCAAGGUGCAUCAAGAUGUUGUUCGGGAGCUUGAUAAGGCUGAGAACGAGUCUCGUCCAAAUUUGACAGUCGUAGUUGAUACUUAUGGAGACGAUCUUCAAAAGUCCGAGAGGGACCCCAACGCGGUAGACUUUGGUGAUAUUCUAUUCGAUGUGCCUAUCACGCGCUCAUUGACAGUCGCAAAUACUAGCAGCGUGCCAGCGACCUUUCGCUUUGAGAAGCCCGACAGGCAAGGUGACCAUCAACGGAGCACGCCAUCAUGGCUGGAAUACAAAGUCGAUGUACCCAGCCAGGAUGACAAGGGCAAGGACAAAAAAAGGAAAUCGGGAGAGCGCACUCUAUUCCCGGGUGAACUGGCGAACAUCGACAUCGCAGCCCACAUCCACAACAUUGAACAUGUUCGUCUACUCAACGAUGAUGUUGUUAAAUUAGAGGACAUCCUUGUCCUUCGAGUGGCCAACGGUCGAGAUCAUUUUAUUUCUAUCUAUGGACGGUGGUUACCCACCUGUUUUGGUCGAAGUGUGGAGGAUCUUACCAGAAUGCCUGAAGCGGGUGCGCGAAGCCUUCUGGGAAACCCCCCCGCGAAGGAACAAAACGGAGAAUCAGGGCGCCUAUCGGCUCCGAGGGAGCUAUUUCGUCUGACUGAGGCUAUCUCAGAGCUUUCCGAGCGUGCUAUUGCCGAGUGGGGCAUGACAAGGGGCGAUUCUGGGGAGGACACGCCACCCUGGCUCAGAGAUCAUGGGGCCGGAUGGCCUUUUGAUCCAGAGACUUGGACAUUGAAAGACAAGGAACAGAGAUUGCCUCUCUUAGCGGCAGUCCGCGAAGCUUUGGACUGUAAUAAAGAUCUUAACUCUAUCUUCGAACCCGAGGUGCCGUCGCUGCACCGGUUAGAAGUCCUGAGUGAAACCUUGCUGGUUUUUCUCGGCUCGCUAAGCGACGGGAUCGUCACGGCUGCCGUAUGGGAGAAGAUGGACCAGCAGAUCCUGACUCGGGAGAAGCGGAAGUCGCCUCCCCUUUCCUGGGACGAAACCCAAGCCUGGGUCCUGGAGGAACUCGCAUAUUCACCCGCCCACAGCGUCUCUUUCACAUUCGUCACCUUCAUGCUCGCGCACAUCGCCAACGAAAUCGCCCCGUCCCCAUCCACGGCACCGGCGCUCCCCGAACUAUCGGGUCGAGAAUCCGAAGACAAGAAAAGGGAAAGUAUCGACUCUCUGAAGAAAGGCCCCGGCCCCAGUCCAUCCGGUACAGCGAACUCCGCCUCGUCAGGUGGCAUCCAGCGGCCUCCGCGCGUCUUGACAGCAUCCAAUCUCUCGAACCUCCAAUUCAACGCUGCUCACCGCCGACAAGCGGUCGAGACCACCUUAGCAUCGAUCUUCGCUUCUGUCCUCAUCGUUUCGAAAACGGUGCCGAGUAAAGACAAGGAGCGCCGAGCGCUGGAAGACAGAAAACGUAGUAUCAUCGAGCCGUUUCUGAAAACGUUCGGCGUGGAUAGUCUUGGGCCGUCAGGCGGUGUUCCAUGA